AUGCGGCCUCUUGCCCGUCUCGCCUCCCUCCGUUCUUCUGUUUCUGGUCAAGCCUUUAAAUCGACGUUAUCCACCCGAGCUGUCACCAGUCGAACUACUUGGACCCCGGCGACCGUCUCGCGAAUCUCUUCGACUUCGCUCCGAUCCUUCUCCCUCUCUACCCCGCACCAUCGCUUCCAAGUCCACGUCAAAAAACAAAACACCAAGAUGACCUCGACGGCCACCACCCUUAAGGGCCAACCCCUCGACAAGGGCGUUCUUGAGUCCAUGCUGCGCCGCCGCAUGUUCUUUGCGCCCUCCUUCGAUAUCUACGGCGGUGUUGCUGGCCUCUACGACUAUGGCCCGCCCGGCUGUGCCCUCCAGGCCAACAUCAUCGACAUCUGGCGCAAGCACUUCGUCCUCGAGGAGGACAUGCUCGAGGUCGACUGCACCGCCCUGACCCCCCACGAUGUUCUCAAGACCUCGGGCCACGUCGACAAGUUCGCAGACUGGAUGUGCAAAGACCCCAAGAACGGCGACAUCCUGCGCGCCGACCACUUCGUCGAGGACGUUCUCGAGGCCCGCCUCAAGGGCGAUAAGGAGGCUCGCGGCCAGAAGGUGGAGGACAAGGAGGAGGACCCCAAGCGCAAGAAGAAGAAGGCCAAGGGUACUGAGGCUGUCAAGCUCGAGGACGCCGUCGUCAAGGAGUACGAGGAGAUCCUCGCCCAGAUCGACAACUACAACGGCGAGCAGCUCGGCGAGCUCAUCAAGAAGUACGACCUGAGGAACCCCGCCACCGGCGUCCAGCCUGAGCCUCCCGUGGCCUUCAACCUCAUGUUCCAGACUGCCAUUGGCCCCAGCGGCAACCUUGCCGGCUACCUGCGCCCCGAGACCGCUCAGGGCCAGUUCCUCAACUUCGCCAAGCUCCUCGAGUACAACGCCGGCAACAUGCCCUUCGCUUCUGCCUCCAUUGGCAAGUCCUACCGUAAUGAGAUUGCCCCUCGCGGCGGUCUUCUCCGUGUCCGCGAGUUCCUGAUGGCCGAGAUCGAGCACUUCGUUGACCCCGCCAGCAACAAGAAGCACGACAGGUUCCACGAGGUUGCAGACAUCGAGCUUGCCCUUCUCGACCGCAACGUCCAGCUCUCUGGCCAGACCACUGUCACCAAGAUGACCAUUGGCGAGGCUGUCAAGCAGAAGAUCGUUGACAACGAGACCCUCGGUUACUUCCUUGCUCGCAUUCACCUCUUCCUCAAGAAGAUCGGUAUCGAUCAGUCCAAGAUCCGCUUCCGUCAGCACAUGGGCAACGAGAUGGCUCACUAUGCUUGCGACUGCUGGGAUGCUGAGCUUCUUACCUCGUCCGGCUGGGUUGAGUGCGUUGGCUGCGCUGACCGUAGUGCCUACGAUUUGACUGUGCACGCCAAGAAGACUGGUGCGCCCCUCGUUGUGCGUGAGUCUCUCGAGACUCCCGAGAUCGUUGAGAAGUGGGAGCCCGAAAUCAACAGCAAGAAGUUUGGUCCUACCUUCAGGAAGGAUGCCAAGACCGUUGAGGCUGCUAUCCUUGCUCUUCCUCAGGAGGAGCUUGCUAAGCUCACCGAGGAGCUCAAGGCCAACGGCAAGAUCGUCGUUGACGUUCCCGGUGUUGGUGAUGGCAAAGUUGAGGUUAGCAAGGACCUGCUUGCCAUUGAGUGGAAGAAGCACACCAUCAACAUCCGCGAGUACACCCCUAACGUUAUCGAGCCCUCGUUCGGUAUCGGCCGUAUCCUCUACUCUCUCCUCGAGCACAACUACUGGAUUCGCGAGGGUGAUGAGUCCCGCGGUGUCAUCUCCUUCCCCCCUGCCGUCGCUCCUGUCAAGGUCCUUAUCGUUCCUAUCUCCAGCAAGGCCGAGUUCGCUCCUCACGUCCGCAGGCUUUCCCAGAAGCUCCGCUCUGUCGGUAUCUCCAGCCGUGUGGAUGACUCGUCUGCCUCCAUCGGCCGUCGUUACGCCAGAAACGAUGAGCUCGGUACCCCCUUCGGCCUUACCAUCGAUUUCCAGACUCUCCAGGAUGGUACCUUCACCCUCCGUGAGCGCGACAGCACACGGCAGGUCCGUGCUGAGGAGGCGAAGAUUAUUGAUGCCAUCAAGGCGCUCGUUGAGGGCUCCAAGACAUGGCAGGAUAUCGAGUCCGAGCUCCCUAUCUUCGAGGGCCAGGAACUUGAGAUCCGCCCCGCUGAGAACUAA